AUGUCACCUCCACAAUGGGUCAAAGAUCUGAAGCCAUCCGGUCCGCAAGGCACUGAGCUUAUCAAGGUGGAAAGGGAGAAGUCUAAUAUACAUGUCGAAAAGCUCUCGAACUUCUUAUUCACCAAAGAGGUAUUGGAGCGUCAAGAACGUAUAUUAAAUAUCUUGCAAGCCGACAAGAUAUUCGACAAAUCAAAUAACUAUUUCGAUGGCCGAGUAGAUAGAUUCAAGACUUCUCUCGCAAGGGCGAAGAGACUUCGUCAACUACAAGUCAAGCACAACUGGAAUCAAGAGGAGUAUCAGGUGGCAAAUGAGCUCAUUAGCGAGCCGACUCCUUACGGGCUUCAUGCUUCGAUGUACCUCACCACCCUGCGUGGCCAAGGCACACCUGAACAACACAAAUUAUUCCUCGAACCCGCCGAGAAUUACAAGGCUAUUGGAUGCUAUGCACAAACAGAAUUGGGACAUGGAUCGAAUGUGCGAGGAUUAGAGACAACUGCUACCUGGAAUCCCGAAGACAAGACAUUUAUUCUUCACUCACCACAUCUCACUGCGUCAAAAUGGUGGAUCGGGUCUUUAGGAAGGACUGCAAAUCAUGCUGUGGUUAUGGCACAACUCAUUAUUGCUGGAAAGCCAUACGGUCCACAUCCUUUCGUAUGCCAGAUCAGAGACAUGAAAACCCAUGAGCCAUUAGAUGGUGUUUACGUGGGAGAUAUUGGGCCAAAGUUUGGCUACAAUACAAUGGACAAUGGGUUUCUGUUAUUGAACCAUGUCAAAAUUCCACAUAUUAAUAUGUUGGCCAAAUUCUCUAGCGUUGACCCUCAAACAAACAAAUACGUCAAGCCAUCGUCACCAUCUUUGAUUUACGGCACUUUGACUUGGGUCCGAUCAACCAUCGUCCUACAGUCGGGUGGUGUUUUAGCUAGGGGUGUGACCAUUGCAACAAGAUAUGCCUCUGUCAGACGGCAAUUCCAAGAUCGGGAUGCUGGAGCUGAUGUAUCUGGGGAGAACCAGGUCCUUAACUACACAAUGGUCCAAUAUCGAUUAUUACCAUUGCUUGCAGCCACGUUUGCUCUACACUUCACAGGAAAGGCCAUGAUGGGGCUGUACCAAGAUAAUCAGAAGCGGAUGCAACAGAAUGCUACAAGUGCUUCUGAUAGCAGCAGGGGCGCCGGUCCAGAGGAACUCAACUCAGGAAGCGACUUAUUGGCAGAUCUACAUGCUACAUCGUGUGGUCUCAAAGCUCUUGGAAGUACUACAGCUGCAGAAGGUCUCGAGGUCUGCCGUAGAGCCUGUGGUGGUCAUGGAUACUCAAGCUUCAGUGGUAUCGGAAGUUGGUAUGCUGAUUACCUUCCAACAACCACUUGGGAAGGAGACAACUAUAUGCUCACGCAGCAAGUGGCACGAUACCUUCUCAAAUCUGCUCGCGCCGUGUUGAAGGGAAAUGCCCCCAACAACGACACAACUAAAAUAUUCACAACCUUCCUUCAAAAGCAAGAUAUGGGUGCCGCUCACGAUGUUCUCGGCUCAGACAGUGACAUCGUUGCUGCUUUUGCAUGGAGAACAUCCUUCUUGACCUUUGAAGCCCUGAAACAUCGUGACGCGGAAAAGGGAUCAUGGAACUCUCUCCUUGUUGAUUUCUGGCGCCUCAGCACUGCGCACUCUCAAUAUCUCGUCGUCAAGAACUUCUACGACGCUCUUCAAAGCGAGUCUCUCCGAUAUGAGCUUGAUGCCGAGACCAUUGAUGUCCUUCACAAACUCUACCGUCUCUAUGCUCUGAAUACUCUUGAGAAAGAGGCAUCGGAAUUCUAUUCCUCGUCUGCUGUUACUGUGCGACAAAUCCAAUUAGCGAGAACCAAGAGCGUAAUGAAGUUAUUGGGAGAGAUCAGACCACAUGCAUUACGUCUCGUCGAUGCAUGGGCAUUCCCCGACUGGCAACUCGAUUCUUCGCUGGGUAGAAAGGAUGGAAAGGUUUACGAGGAUAUGUUCUAUAGAGCUAGUCAGUUGAAUCCGUUGAACGGACUGACCGUUGAUCCGUAUGCGGAUAACGACAAUAUCGUCAAGAGUGAUGAGACGGAGAGGUUCAGGAGUAAGUUGUAA